GAUUGAUUGGUUGACUUUGUGAACACCUGGCAACCCUGCAGCUCAGCCCCGCAGUCCGCUCGCGCUGAGACUACACUGAUCUGCGCGUGUUUCCACACAGCCGCGCGCGCACAGACACGAGUUCCUUGGAGCUGCUUUAAUCACAGCGUGAUUAUUAUUAUUAUUCUUUUCUUUAAUUUAUUCUUUUUGUAUGCAUUCUGAGCUCGAGCAAAGGAAGAAACCUGAGCACACGGACGAAGCCGCUGCUUCUUCAUUCAGCCUGCGGGAAGGAGAGCGCGAUGCGGCCGCGCCGCCGGAGACACGGUGAGCGCCUGUGAGAGAGAGAGCGCGAGAGAGAGAGAUAGAGAGAGAAAUGUGCGCGUGAAGCAUUUCACUGGCAGAGGGGGGAAAAAACAAUACAACAACAAGCGGACACUUUUUCGUGCAUCUUGUUAACUCGAAAGCUCAGUUUUUUUUAAAAAGCUACCCACUGGACUUGCUCUCGUGCGGCGCUUGGAGACAAACCCGAAGGUGCAGAGACGCGUUCCGGUUUGGUUCAAUUGCACGCGCUCACCUGCGUGCUGCAUUUGCGCGCCUCUUCUACAAUAUUUAUAUAUUAUAUGCAUAUUAAAACAACCCCACAAUUUCAUUUUUAACACAUGCACAAUUUUGGUUUUACUAAGACUGAACCUUUCUAAUGAUUGAUUCAACCCUUUAUUGAUUUCUGCACCCUGAUAUCUAUAAGCUCAUAAUGCUUCUGAUGGCGCGCGCGCUCUCUCUCUCUCUCUCUAAUUAACCACUAAUAUAAUAAUAGCAGUAAUAAAUCCAUUCCAAAAGAAACCUUCAAGGAGCAGGAGAAACAUCAUUGGACAGGCUGAACGGAUUAUCGCAGUGCAGCCGAUCUGAGUGUUUUUGUUUUUUUUUUGUCCAAACGGAUCACCAAGAGUCCAUCCGUCUGAGCAGGCUAUAUAUUUCUAUAGAGAGAGAAAUAUAAGGGGAUUAUAGGAAGUGGACUUUGGUUUGACCUUUGCUCUGAUUGUGCUUGGAAGUUUACUCACCUGUAGCCCUGUAGAAGGACACACACAGGUGACGCCGUAGCGGCCCACGACCUUCCCCGACUCGAGCUCGGUUUGACUUGUUUAACUCCACCAGCUGGAUCUCACACCUGUAUUGGCCAACCGAUAGAAAGCAGCGAAAAGGGGUGGGGCCAUGUGGGCGCUUCGGAUGCUCCUAUUGGCCAGCCUACUAGGCCCUGCGGCUCUGGCGUUUAGCCGUGCCCCUGUGCCCAUGGCCGUGGUGCGGCGAGAGCUAUCAUGUGAGAGUUACCCCAUCGAGCUGCGCUGUCCCGGCACUGACGUCAUCAUGAUCGAGAGCGCCAACUACGGACGCACGGACGACAAGAUCUGUGACGCCGACCCUGCGCAGAUGGAGAACACGCGUUGCUACCUUCCAGACGCUUACAAGAUCAUGAGCCAGAGAUGUAAUAACAGGACACAGUGUGCAGUCGUAGCUGGCCCCGAUGCAUUUCCAGACCCCUGCCCUGGAACGUACAAGUACCUGGAAGUUCAGUAUGAGUGUGUGCCGUACAAAGUGGAACAGAAAGUCUUCCUGUGUCCAGGCCUCCUGAGGGGCGUGUACCAAAGUGAACACCUGUUUGAGUCUGAUCACCAGUCAGGAGCCUGGUGCAAAGACCCUCUGCAGGCCUCGGAGAAGAUCUACUAUAUGCCGUGGACACCGUACCGCACAGACACCCUCACCGAGUACUCCAGCAAGGAGGACUUUAUUGCAGGACGACCCACGACUACGUACAAACUCCCCCACCGGGUCGACGGCACAGGCUUUGUAGUCUAUGAUGGUGCACUCUUCUUCAACAAGGAGCGCACGAGGAACAUUGUCAAGUUUGACCUGCGUACACGCAUCAAGAGUGGUGAGGCUAUCAUUGCUGGUGCCAACUACCAUGACACGUCACCCUACCGCUGGGGGGGGAAAUCAGACCUGGACCUGGCUGUAGAUGAGAAUGGACUAUGGGUGAUCUACGCCACUGAGCAGAACAGUGGUCGCAUCGUGGUCAGCCAGCUGAACCCAUACACGUUGCGUGUGGAAGGUACUUGGGACACAGCCUAUGAUAAACGUUCAGCCUCCAACGCUUUCAUGAUCUGCGGUGUGCUCUACGUGCUCCGGAGUGUCUACGAGGAUGAUGAUAGCGAGGCCACAGGCAACAGGAUCGACUACAUCUACAACACGGAGCUUUCCAAAGAUGGCUACCUAGAUAUCCCUUUUCCCAACUCGUACCAGUACAUCGCUGCCGUAGAUUACAACCCCAGGGACAACCUGCUCUACGUCUGGAAUAACUACCAUGUGGUUAAAUACUCACUGGAUUUCGGGGCACUUGACACUCGACCAGAGUCGUCGCCCUCGGUUCACGUCUUCAUGGACACCACCACCACCAGGACGACCACCCGCCCAACUACACUGUCCACCGCCACCACCUCUACCACUACAACCACCACAUCUAGCACUACCAGAUCUCCGACUCUGAGCGUGUUCACUCCGAGGGCGCACACCACCACUGUUGAGGUCCGUCCUCCAGGCAGCUCCGGGCCCCUUUCCAGCACACGCCCGCCACCCUCCUCCGUCCUGCCCAACAAUGCUGCAGAGUUCUGUAACCCUACUGUGGAGGCGGAGCUUACCUGGCCCAAAACUCGUCAAGGCCUCACCGCUACACAGCCAUGCCCCUUCAGAACAACAGGCAAUGCCUCAUUUGCGUGUAUGGGUCCCGAAGGCCUGUGGGAUCUGCAAGGUCCUGAUCUCAGCAACUGCACCUCAGCUUGGGUGAACAUCAUCAGCCAGAAGAUCCGAGCUGGAGAGCCAGCGGCCAUCAUCUCACGUGAGCUGUCGGAGCAGACCAAGAACCGCAUCCACUCCGGGGACAUAACAUACACGGUGCGAGCUUUGGGACAGCUGGUGGACCUGCUGGACGUCCAACUGCGCAAUCUCACUCCCGGGGGAAAAGACAGCGCCGCUCGCAGUCUCAAUAAGCUGCAGAAAAGGGAGCGCUCCUGCCGCUUUUUUGUACAGGCGAUGGUGGAGACGGUGAAUAACCUGCUGCAGCCUCAGGCACACUCGGCCUGGAAAGCGUUGUCAGCAGGAGAGCAGCUGCGCGCUGCCACCAUGCUGCUGGACACGGUGGAGCAGGGUGCCUUCGUGCUGGCUGACAAUCUGCUCAAGACCGACGUGGUCCAGGAGAACACCAACAACAUCCAGCUGGAGGUGGCUCGGAUGAGCACAGAUGGCAACCUUCCAGAUCUGAAGUUUCCUCAGACUGGAGACCAAAGCAACUCCAUCCACCUGUCUGCCAACACCCUUAAACAACAUGGCAGGAAUGGUGAGAUCCGCAUGGCGUUUGUGCUUUAUAAGCACCUGGGCACAUACCUGUCCACCGAAAACGCCAGUAUGAAGUUCAGCAGUGAGGCUCUCAACACUAACUACACCGUCAUUGUCAACUCGCCCAUCAUAACGGCUGCUAUCAACAAAGACAGCAAUAAAGUCUACCUCUCAGACCCUGUUGUAUUCACAGUGCGCCACAUCCAGCAGUCGGAGGAGAACUUCAACCCAAACUGCUCGUUCUGGAGCUACUCCAAGCGCAGCAUGACGGGCUUCUGGUCCACGCAGGACUGCCGUCUCCUGGCUACCAACCGCACGCACACCACCUGCUCCUGCACACACCUGACCAACUUUGCUGUGCUCAUGGCCCACGUCGACGUCAAGAGUGCAGACCCGGUGCAUGACCUGUUGCUGAAUAUGAUCACGUGGGUGGGCAUCCUGCUGUCACUCGUCUGCCUGCUCAUCUGCAUCUUCACCUUCUGCUUCUUCCGAGGCCUGCAGAGCGACCGCAACACCAUCCACAAGAACUUGUGCAUUUCGCUUUUCAUCGCCGAGACACUCUUCCUGACAGGCAUCAACCGCACCGAACAGCCUAUCGUCUGCGCUGUGUUCGCCGCUCUGCUGCAUUUCUUCUUCCUGGCGGCGUUCACGUGGAUGUUUCUGGAAGGCGUGCAGCUCUACAUCAUGCUGGUGGAGGUGUUUGAGAGCGAGCACUCCCGCAAGCGCUACUUCUACCUGGCCGGUUACGGCAUCCCGGCUCUCGUCGUGGCCGUCUCUGCUGCCGUGGACUACAGGAGCUACGGCACAGAGAGAGUGUGCUGGUUGCGUCUGGACACGUAUUUCAUCUGGAGUUUUAUUGGGCCUGCCACUCUAAUCAUUAUGCUGAACGUCAUCUUCCUGGGCAUCGCCUUAUACAAAAUGUUCCACCACACGGCCAUCUUGAAGCCUGACUCAGGUUGCCUGGACAACAUAAAAUCGUGGGUGAUCGGUGCAAUUGCUCUGCUGUGUUUGCUGGGUCUCACCUGGGCGUUCGGCCUCAUGUACGUCAACGAGAACACGGUCAUAAUGGCCUACCUCUUCACCAUCUUCAACUCCCUGCAGGGCAUGUUCAUCUUCAUCUUCCACUGCGUGCUGCAGAAAAAGGUUCGUAAGGAGUACGGGAAGUGUUUGCGGACUCACUGCUACAGUGGGAAGAGCGUGGAUUCUUCAAUGGGCUCGAGCAAAAGCUCAGGCUCGCGUGCACCUGGUCGCUACUCCUCUAGCUCGCAGGUCCACCACCAGCCUUGUAUGACAAACUGCUCACAGUUACAGUAUGAACAAAGUCGGAUUCGUCGGAUGUGGAACGAUACGGUGCGGAAGCAGUCUGAAUCAUCCUUCAUCACUGGAGACAUCAACAGCUCUGCUACCAUCAACAGAGGUGCUAUGGCCAAUCAUCUCAUCUCAAAUGCUCUGCUGCGACCGCACGGUUCAAACAACCCCUAUAACACUUUAGUGGGGGAUUCGACCGUGUAUAACAACCCCACUCUGAGCAUGUACAACACACAAGAGGGAAUCUUGAACAAUGCCCGGGAUACAAGUGUCAUGGAUACUCUACCACUGAAUGGUAACCAUGGCAACAGCUACGGCCUGGCGGGUGCUGAUUACCUGAGCGAGUGCGUGCAAAUGAUGGAGCGCGGCGGCUACGGCGUCCCACAUGUCACACACCCGCACACCCCGCUGGAGAAACGCAUACUCCAAGAGCUCACCUCGAACUACCUGCCCCCCUACCUGAACAACCAUGAACGCAACAACCUCGUCAACAAGCUCGUCAACAACGUCAGCAACAUCAGCAACGUCACUCACGUGAGCAACAUUGCCAAUGUCAGUAACCUGAGUAACCUCGCCAACGUGAGCAACCUGGCUAACGUGAGUAAUCUCGGCAACGUGAAUAAUAACGGAACUGUGGGUGGUGGGCGGAGCAAAGAUGCAUCGGCUCCUCCUCUUGGCCUCGCGCUGGACCUUGACGAUUCUCCAGCAUUCAUCCCUGAUGAGAGCCUGGGCCUUGAGUUGAUCCGUGACGAGUCCGACACCCCUUUGCUGCCCCAGCAACGACCUACCCAUCACACCCAACCUCGACCCUCUUUUAGCUCCACCUCCUCCUCUUCUCGCCGCCGUCUCCCGCAGGAAAACAGUGAGAGUUUUUUUCCACUGCUGACUGAAGAGCAGGGCGAUGAAACGCCCUCGCCAAGGAGAGACUCAGCCAGCCAGGAGCGGUCUGACACGCACACGUUGCCACGCAGUGGAGGAGGAGGAGGAGGAGGCGCAGCCGAGGAUGCACGUGAGCCCACAGAGAAUGAUGAUGUGUACUACAAGAGCAUGCCUAAUCUAGGCUCGAAGAACCAUCUGCACCAACUGCACUCUUACUACCACCUAGGCCGAGGUAGCAGCGAUGGCUUCAUCGGUCCCGCCAACAAGGACGAAGCUCCACCCACUGAAACCCCACAAGAGCCUGCCCAGCUCGUCACCAGCCUAUAGAGGACCACACGACCAACACACACACACACACACACACACACACACACACACCAACGUGAUACGGAGAUUCCCUCCUGUCAUUCCUCACAUCAUUUCUGUCGCUUUUCCGUACUGGUCAAUCGUCCGCAGUCGUAGACAUUUCUUUUAUGUGUUCUCAAAAAAAAAGAGAAAGGAAACAAGGAAAAUAACUUUGGAGAUGAUUUUGUUUUGUAUUCUAACUGAUUAAAUCGGAUCGGAGGACUGUAGAUGUCCUGCCUCAGACAUGACCUGAGGGUUUUUGUGCAGUUUUAUUUCCCACGGACAGACUGAGACCACUGACUCGAUAAAGGAUUCCUGUGUUAUUUAGUGGGAUAAGUGAGAAAGAAAAAGUCUUCUCGAUGGAUUUACAAAAAAAAGAACGAGGAAAAAAAAAACGAACAUGCAGACUGAACCACCGAGGCAGUGCAUAGACUUGGUGCCAAACAAAUAAAUCAGAUGGAGAAAACGCUUCAAAAGACUAUUUUAAUACAGUUCUUUAACUGACAUCUGCUUUUUAAAUGUUUCUCCUUCCUGUGCGAUGAGUCCGAUACAGUCGUCCCGAUAAGUCGAGUGGUAAAAUGUGCAUUUUUCUGAACUUUCUUGCAAAGGAUGACUUUGCCAUAGGGCACUUUGUUUUGUUUUGUUAUGUUUUAUUUCUUUUAAUAACAAAUAUUCAAAAAGAGGAGGGAAAAGAACUAAUAUCAGAGAGAAUUAUAAGAUAUUUCUAUGUAACUGUACAGCUACUAGCAUUACAGUCUGCAGUCUGCUUUUUUCUGUUCCUCUGUAAGCGUGGUGAUUUAGAAUCGGUUCUGUUCUCUCCUGACACUCUUGUCCGGACUGCAGUUCUGCUCUCACGCUCUCUUCCGCUGUUUGAUUUGUACAUUUCACUUUAGCAGCAAUUAACGGAACCACAGGAAAAAAAAUACAAAUCUUGAUGGUCAUUUUAAGAAUGUAACCAGUUUUUUUUUUUUAUCCCCUCAGAACUUGAUCAAUUCUGUCUUUUUAAAAAAAAAAAAAAAAAAAUUAUUUUAUGAUUUAUUCAUUGUGUAGAUAAAUGUGAUAUCAGAGUCAUGAUGCUAUUUUGAGCCAGAGGUGCAAAUUUCCUUCGAGAGUGACAACCUUAGAGCAAAGUGCAACAUGACGCACCAUUUGUUUUUUGCCGAGGAAGAAUCCAGCCAUGAAAAGGUGAAGAUUUCUGCAUUUAAUAUGCACUAGGCACUUGUAUAAAACGAUGGGGUGGAUGUUUGACUUAUUAAAGCUCAAUAUUUGCAGUGAGAAGAUGAAGAACCUGUGUGUUUCAUUUCAGCUGGGUGAUAAAAGACUUAUUUCUUUCUUUCAAGACAACAGCGGUCUCGUAUGGUAAACCUUAACCACAUUAGUUUGCGGAAAUAUGACCAUAUUUUAUUUAUUUUUUGGUUGUUUCUUUUUUUCUGUUUUAUAUUGAGUUUUAAAUCAAAUUGAUUCAAAUGACCUCCUGACUAAUAUUUGUUGUACCAGUGAAACUUGUUUGCCAACAAAUAAAUUACUGCUUAAGACUGAAA